UUGAAAGUUCUCUGAUUAAAUUAAUUGUAAUUUAAUUCUAAUCUUUUGUUGUUUACUUUCUCUGUCUCUCUCAGUGAUUAAUAUUCUUUCCUUUAAUUAUGUUUUCUCAAGAAUCUUCAUGUUAUGCGAAAUUCGAUCUUGAUCUUUUGCCCGUUGAUUAUGUUUUCGGAGAAAAUGAAUUGUCGUUGUUACUUCAACAAAUUGCUUAUUCUUUGAUGGAAUUGAAGCCAAUUGAUGCUCAAUUGGAAAACUUUUACCGUCUAGAAGGAGGUGAAUUCAUUGCAAUUGGAAAUCGAGAUGAGGUGAACUGUAAUCUACUCAAACGGCUCAAUGAAAAACGAAUGGACUUCAUUUGGGUAACCGCUAAAUUGCCGUUGAUAUCCGUUGAUAUGAUGAUCUCGUUUAUUCACAAUAUUUGUCAAUCAGGAAAAAGAUAUGAAAUCAAAUGGAAACUCGAUGGUUCUCCUAAAAGUUUAUUCGAUCCUCCAACCAAUUUAAAUGUCAUUAAUAUGGAUGUUGAUUCAUUUUCUUUGGGAAAUUUGAUCAGAACGAACCAGUUUGCCAUUCAUUUUGAUUCCAAUUGUUCACAACAAUCUGAUUCAAUACAAAUCAAUGAAAUCUCAGUGGAAAUUGAUAACAAAGCCAAAAUUUUCCAUCUCAACUUCAUGAUAACCAAAGGCAGGGUUGAGAAAUUGUUCAAACUAAAGGUCGAUGAAAAUAUAAUUCAUAAAUUCUAUACCUCAGUGAACGAUUUGGAUGGUGAAUUUUACUUUAGAUUAAUCUGUCCACCAGAAUUACUUGUAAAAGAGGGAAAUGAUUGGAACUCUUGGAAUGACUGGAAUUCUGGAAUAUUGUCUCGAGAUCAAUUUGGAAAAAGUACUGUUCUAAUGUUCAAAAUUCAUCAACAAUCAAGAGAAAAUUUAUCGACUCUCAUCAGAGUGAUUCAUGCUGAUUUCUUGAGUAGCUCUUGUGAUGAUCUUGAAUUCAUGGCGAUUAAAAAGCUGUUCGUUAAUUAUGGAGAAGAUUUUCUGCAGAACGAUUUCCCAUUCGAAGUUAAAUACGCUCUUGAAUGUGUCAAUUCUACUUCUUAUGCUUUUGCCGAUGACCUUUUUAUCUACAAUAACAAAAAUAUCCUUUUCGAGAAGAUCAAUUCUUACAUCGCCGCUGGAAAAAUGGACAUCAUUGUCGAAGCUCUUUAUGAGCUAUUCAAUUCCCAUUUUUCUCUUGGAGCUAUUGGCCAACUCGAGAAAGCUCUUGAAUGUGUUGCAGAUCGCGGCUCGAAUCGUAAAUUUGGAGAUAAUUUCAUGAAGAAUAUUAUAUUAACUCCUUUGCAGAUCAUCUAUCUUCCUCCUUCACCUGUCCCAUCAUCGAUUACACUGCCUAAGAAAACCAGCCCGAAGUAUAUCAUUGGAGUUUUUGUUCGAAGCCGAGAAGUUCUUCAAUUUUUCGAAUAUCCCAACUAUGCCGUUUAUCAUGAUAAAACAACAAUCGUCAAAAGGAACGACAACAAUUCCGUCAAUUUUUUCGAACAACUUUUCAUGGAUAAAAUCUUCACCAGAACUGAUUCCUUUUCACUGCAAAGUAUCGAGUAUUGGCAAAACCAAUCGCUAUCGAAACUAUUUACUCAAGGAAUAUUACUCGAAGCAAACGAAUUGGCAGCAUAAUCUCAACAUUAUCCAUAAUCUUGUCAAGUUGAUCAAAUCAUUUUCGACUUUGUUUACAUUUCGAAUUGAUCAAAAAACAAAGAUUAACUUAUAAUUCUCUUUCACCCCAACUACAUCUAACAUUCAUCACUAAUCAUCAUUCGAAACUUCAACAUUAUUCCAUGUAUAUCACUGAUAAAAGUUCAAAAGUUCCAAAUGGAAACCAAACUACCUCAAGUUGGAAUCGAAAACAAAAUCAAUUUUUCCAUUGAUUUUUUCCCUUUUCUACCAACUCUAUUAUCCAUACAUAACAACAAUACUAAUCCUGUUUGUAUGAUUAGUCGAAAGACUAUUCUAAUUAAACAAAUUUUCUAUUCAUCCGAUUAAACACUCAUCUAAUUAAGAUUCGAUAUUAUC